AUGCCUGUCGUGAUCGCCGAGAGCCAACCUGCAAGGGCGCGCAAGCCAACCAAGAACGAGCAGCGACGGGCGAAGAAGAAAGAGCGAAAGCGAGAGUCCUCUGUCGCACCUUCAGAGCAGUCCGACGCAAGCCAGCCGGUGCCUCCGCCUCAAGAUGACCUCGUUCAAGAUGUCGUCGCAGUCGACGAUGCAACCGACGAACUCCCUCCGGACGAUCCUCUUUUCUCGCAGUUUGCAGAUGUGUUCGCCAAGUUCAACGAGGAUGACAAGGAGGACCCCGCGUUGAAAGAGCCUGAGAAACCAGAAGUCUUCUAUGACGAUGACGACAACAUACAAGGUGAGGACGAAGAAGAGGAGACCCAGCAGAAGCUGUCGAAAAAGCAGAGGAAAGCGAUCAACAAACUCAGCAUUGCCGAGUUGAAAGCCAUCGUCCGCAAGCCUGAGAUUGUCGACUGGACCGAUGUCUCAGCACAAGAUCCCAAGCUACUCGUCAACAUCAAGGGUGCCCGAAAUGUGGUCCCAGUACCUGCACAUUGGAGUCUGAAGCGAGAGUACCUGAGCAGCAAGCGCGGUAUCGAGAAGCCCGGCUUCGCCUUGCCCAAAUUCAUCGCAGAAACCGGCAUUCAGGACAUGAGAGAUGCUGCUCUUGAGAAGCAGGCAGAGGCAACUCUCAAGCAAAAGCAACGCGAGCGCGUACAGGGCAAGACCGGAAAGCUGGACAUCGACUAUCAGAAACUCUACGAGGCGUUCUUCCGCCGUCAGACGAAGCCGAGCUUGACGCGCUACGGUGAAGUAUACUACGAGGGCAAGGAGUUCGAGACGAACCUCAAGCAUCUACGUCCUGGCGAGCUCGGUGAGGAGUUGAAAGAGGCACUCAAUAUGCCACCUGGCGCACCACCGCCAUGGCUCAUCAACCAGCAGAAAGUAGGUCCUCCCCCCUCUUAUCCAGCCCUCAAGAUCCCCGGCCUCAAUGCACCUCCUCCCCCUGGCGGACAGUGGGGUUUCCACCCAGGCGGCUAUGGCAAACCGCCAGUAGAUGACGCGAAUCGGCCGCUCUACGGUGGUGAUGUGUUUGGUCUGUCAGAUGGCAAGGAAGAGUCGAAAGACAAGGAGGAGCAGAGAGUAGAGCCCGUGGACAAGAGUCUGUGGGGAGAGCUUCAAGCACCGCAAGAGGAGGAAGAGGAGGAAGAGGAAGAUGAUGAGGAAGAAGACGAGGAGGAGGAUGACGAGAGUGGCAGGAAGACGGGCUUGGAGACUCCUUUUGGCGGCACCGAGACACCAGGUGGCAUCACGAGCACUGUUCCGACCGACUUCAUGGGAUCACGGGGCAUGGCGGACGAGAUGAACUUGCGAAAGCAGCGCGUGGGCACAGAGACAGAGGCGAGCUCUCAUCCCCGAUCUGCUGGGCAGGUGCUCAAAGAGCACUCGAUUCAAGCGGAGGGUUUCUUUGGUGGCGAGCGCGCAUACGACUUAUCUGGGUCUUCGAACAUGCCUGUGCUGGGAUCGGAGCGCGACGAUCGUGGCCGCAAGCGCAAGGCGGGAGACCUGGACGUUUCCAUGGAUCCGGAUGCCUUGGCGAGAGAUGAUCGUAUGUCAAAGGAGGAGUUGGCUAGGCGGUACGAAGCAGAGAGGGUGCAGCAGAACAGUGGCGGAUGGCAAGGCGGUGCAUCGGAAGAUUUCAGUGGAUUGGUGGCAGAGGAGACGGCGAAGAGACAGAAGAGAGAUCGGGAGCGGGCUGCAGGCAGAGGAGGGCGGAGAUGA